UGCGUGAAUCGUGAAGAAGAAGCUGCUGUGGAUGUGCGUCGCUCGCUCCCUGGGAAAAUUUUCUAUAAAUCUGCUGCGGAUUGUGUUGGAAAAUUGGGAAAAUUAUACCAUUGUUCAUGAGUGCUGGGAAGUGAAAUUAUUGCAAGCACAUUCGUUCGUCGUGAAAGACAAUUUAAGAGCACGGCAAUAAGUCUCGGUGGACGCGAUGGACGACGGCAAACGAAAGUGAUUGCCUUGAGGGGAAAGGAUUUUGCUUCCAUUUGAGACGCCCACUGGCUGGGUCCAGAAGCAUGAGUGCCGUUCCGGACUGGGACUCGCUGGAUUCCGAGCUGGCAGGUUGCAGCCGGAGUUUCGGAAGACAGCAACAAGCUCGAAAUCAGUUCAGUCAGUUUGGCCGUUCGAACGAUGCGGUUCGAUGCGAGAAUGUUCUGCUGAAGGUGCUCAAUCGGGAGCACUGUGGGUACUUUAGUACGGGAUUGAACAAGCGAUCGCACCGGGAGGCCUUCCGAGAGGUUCCGGAACAUUUGAGCUUCUGCCUGAAGGAGAUCGUGCCGUACUGCUAUCUGCAGGGGCAUGUCUUCAUGGGUUUGUCUGCGUGCGGUCAGUUCCUGCUGAGCUAUAAAGCAUCCUACGAUUAUGACGAACUCAUCACGAAUGAGUACAACUUUUCCUCCAACUACAAAUAUGAAUUGUACUUCUGGAUUUACCGGCCGCACUUCUUAUUGAGCAAGUACUUCCACGUGUGUCUCUUUGACGAUCACGGGGUGGAUGACAUCAAAACGGUGUCGAUCACGCAGUGGAAGACGGACCAGCAGCUGUUGAUCAUCCACGGGGCCAGUGAGAAGGAGGACUUGGAUUCGUACAUUACCGUGGUUCGGGUGCCAAAGCUGGGCUGCAUGGACUGCAAACAGAUGAGGGAUGCAGACGAGGAGGACGGAAACGGUGGCCAAGGGACGCUUUGCAUCAAGUGCAAUAUGACGAUUCACACCAAGUACCGCAAUUCGGAUUCGGGACCCAAGUUCAAUCCGCAAUACAACCUGAACUGUCCUGGCUACAUCAUCAUGAGUGAGAACAGCUUCAUUCACACCGUGAACAUUCAGCUGGACAUGUCCCGGUGUCCCCAGAAGGUGUCAUCCGGUGUGAUUAGUAGCAAGUACAUUUCCAAGUAUCCACGAAUGAGUCCGGAAGCGACCCCAGCUGAGGUGAAAACUCCCACUGAGCCGAUCAUCCCGAAGCCAGAACCUCCGAAACCAUCGACCAGUGGUUCGUUUCCAGCACCCAGCGCACCCGCUCCGUCGAAAUCCCUGAGCAUAGCCGACCAAAUUAUAGCCGACUUUGCUGAGUAUGAGACUGAAACCUUCGAAUCCAAGUGUUCCCAACCAUUUGCAUCCCAACUGCCGCAUCAUCGUACUACCAGUAGGUUGUCUUCCAGUUCGUCCUCUUCCUCAAGGUCCCACUCGAUGACGGUGACCCAAUGUCCGGAGAACUUUGACGAGCUGGUCAUUACCUGUGAUCAUCGCAGCAGCACGGCUGCCAUUUCCGCCUCCCGAAGUUCCAUAAUGACCCGCGGAGCUGCAGCCCGCCUCUCGGAAGCCCUCUCACCGACUUCCAAUAUUCGACUAAUAAAUCAUCGAAACAAUACCAACAUAGAGCUAAGACUUACUCCCGUCAUCAACGGCAGUGCCGUAACUCGCGUGGAGCUUCCGGUUAGUUCAUCCGGUGGUCCUUCCUCAUCUGGUGCUUCCCCGCGUCCGAUCGCUGCCAACUCAAGCACGACUCAAUUUCCGCUGGUAGAACCAAGCGGACCCACUUCAAGUUCCUCUACGUCCUCCGGACGGACACCGCUACGGAGACGUUCGUAUCUCUCUACCCGGUCGAAUGAUCCCAACGUUCCUAAUCAAGCCGAAGGCGGCAGCAACGGUGGUAACUCCCCCAACGACGUCGCUGCCAAGGCGUACGAAUUCUCCGAAGACAACGAACGCUGCGAAAAGAUCAGUAUCUUCCGCAAGCGCCGCCUAGCCGACAAAAAGUACGAAUUCUCCGAAGACAGCAGCCACGGCGAAAACGUCAUCGUCCCAUUCAACCGGCUCCGUAGUCAAAUCCGGACACGAUCCACUAGUCAAAAUCUAAUCUGUAGCCCCUCACACCCGGGCUACGAAAUGACCACCCAUCUGCAUCGAGCCUCGCCGAACCAUGGCUUCCGAUCGCCCUGCGGUUCUCCGGUCGGCAAUCGCUAUCUUCGAUCUCCCCCAGGCAUCCGAUCGCCGAACUACUAUCGUCAUCAUUCCCCGGUUGGCACACCUCGCUCAUCCCAGCCGCAAGGCCCCCCGCCAUCCGCUGCUCACCUAAUCAAAAUGGCCAAUUUCGAUCCGAAAGACUACAUCUACCAGGGCGGCGGCACGAAUAUGACUGCCAGCGAAGAAAUCCCGAAAUUCUUCAUCGAUGCCAUUCAGAAGUUCAACGAAAAGAAACUGCAAGCCGACGAAGGGAACAACGAGAACAUCAACUCGGACAACCUCCUUCCGCUGAAGGCGGAUCUGAACGGGUUCGGUACCAAUAACACGGUCCACGAGGCCAAGUCGGGGAAGAAACCGGCCUGCACGAAGAAGAUUAUCAAGAUUUUCGUCGAAGAGGACGAUGCCAACUCGGUGCUGACCACGGAAGAAGACGACUGUAUCUCGCCCGGCUACCACGCCUCGCUGCCCAUGGAAGUGCACGGUUCCUGCUAUGCCAACAUGCAAAUCAUUUCCCCGUCGUCCUAUCAGAAGCUCAACUGUCCGGCCGUGGUGGUGACGCAGAACUCGUUCGACAUGGAAGCCUUCUCGUUCCACGUGGCCAACUACAUCUGCGCCAAGCACGACAAGAAGUACGGCAUCCUGUUCGAUUCGGCGUACGAGUUGACUCAUGUCUGCCCCCUGACGGAAACGAUCACCUGUACGAUGGUGCUGCAGUUCACCGCCAGCGACGCCAGCAAGGUAAAGCAGUGCCACAACUGUUCCACGACGAUCGACUGUCGCACCCACCGGAAGAUCUACCAAUGCCGAUCGCUCUUUACCUGGAACAUCACCAGCGGCGAGUGGACCGUGCUGGAUUAUGGCAGUCUCGCCUCCGGUCCAUUGCUGGAAGUCAAGAAGCUGGCCAGCAACUAUAACCGGCUGCUGGGCAAGCUGCGCAAGUUCACCCGGAAGUUGUUUGCCUCGUCGUCAUCGCCGCAAUUGGACGAACUGGAUAGCAAUAGGACGUACGAAUAUCUCAACCACCUGAGGGUGUUGGAUUCGAACAACGAAAAAACCAAGCAACGCUUGGUUGAUCUGGUGCACAUGAUCGAGUUCUUCCGGAAACAACCGCACGAUACGUCGGGGGACAGCGAUGAUAGCGACGACGAUGAUUCGGUUAGCUCGGCGGGCACGUCCGCGAAUGACGAAGAAGAGGAGGAUGAUGCUAAUACGGUGCUGGAAGGGGACACGCUCACCUCCGAUACGGUUAGUGAUGAGGAUGAUAUUUGAACGGGGGAGAGAGUUCUUUUAGCUAGGAAUGAAACGUGUUUUAUGGAUUCGUUUUUAGGGUCGAACUGAUACAGAGGAACGUCGUGAUAUUCAUGUGUAAAGAGAGAGAGAGCGUUUUCCUAUUUUCCUUCUACCUACUUUCACGUGUUUCUUCGUGUCUUAGAAGUAUUUUUCUGAUGUGUCUCUCUUUCUCUAAAUGUACGGAGCAAUCUUUUUAGCGUGUAGAUUUUAGAAUUCGUCAAAUCGAGUAAGUCGACAGGAGAAGCAUUGUGGCGCAAAGGAGGGUAGGUUUUAAGCCCCGUCAAUCGAUUGACUGAUUGAUAUUGUUCAUUAAUUUUACUACAAUCCGCGUAGCAAUUCUCCGCGCAAUCAUCCCAGAUAAAAACGUAUUUAUUGAGUCCACACCAUUUUCCAUUAAGUUGUUAAGAAUGCAGAAGAGACACUGUGGAAAGAAGCAGGAAUUGUGAAAGGUCACUAGUAGGUGACUCUGCCAACCUACCAUACAUUUAGAAUAAAAGUGGAACCGAUAUUAGUGAUAAUUGGAAAUGAUAAAUGCUACUACUACUAGGCUGAGAAAUAAAGAGAAACCAGUUCAGAGAACAAAAUGCUCAUUAAUUCGUUAAUAUGAAACGGUAAAACUAAACCCGAACAGAAAGACAAAGUUCAGAUCGUGUGUGUGAAUUACCUAAAGAUAAUGUGUAUGAAUAAGUCUGAGUAACAUUUGCGCUUUUGUCUCCUAUUAAAACUUUGUAAGGCAUCGAAAAGCUAAUAAUAAAGAGAGUUAGAAGUUCCAGAAGCUAAUCAAGAUUGUAAUCGAUUCACGUCUACUACAAACAUUUCGGAGGGCUAACUUCCAGUAAUAAUUGAGAACGUUUCGUGGUUCAGAAUAAAGUUUAAAAACUGAA